UCCUUUCCUUGCUAGCAGGAAAACUGAUAUAUCGGAUAAAUAUUUUAAAAAGGAACUCAAAUCAAAGUGAGAUUUAUGAUCGAUACGUAACAUACUUAAAGUUCCUGUAAAGGAUUUUAAAAAAGUGGUCAUGGAUGCCUCCGAAAAUCGUUUCACCCACCUGUUGCAGCCCAUUCGGGACCUUACCAAGAACUGGGAGGUGGACGUUGCCUCGCAGCUCGAGGAGUACCUGGACGAGCUGGACCAGAUCUGCAUAUCGUUCGACAGUGGGAAAACCACAAUGAACUUCGCAGAGGCUGCGCUUCUUAUUCAAGGCUCCGUGUGUGUUUACAGUAAGAAGGUGGAGUAUCUUUACUCUUUGGUGUACCAAGCACUGGACUUCAUCUCAAACAAAAAGAGAGACAAACAGCCGACCUCAAUCGAGCAAGACGGCACGGACCGAGAUGCCACCUUUGGCAGCAAAAGGGACAAAACGGUGUUUCUCACGCUGGAUGAUGUCAGUGAGAAGUGCUGUCACAUAGAGCUGAGAAAUGAUACUGUUGAAGGUUUUGAGAUCAUACCCCUCGCGCCUGAGCCUCUGAUUGCUGCAGAAGAGCAGGAGAAAAAGAAGAACCCCCUCCAGAGCCAUAGAUUAGAGGUCCUCGCUAGCUGCCGGGACUUCCGCAUGAACAGCUUCACCCCCCACAAAGUCGGGAUCCUCCACCUUGACCUGUUCACCUCCACGCCCAUGUUCAGUGUAAAGGACCUGCAGUCACAGUUCCAGAACAUCUCUGCAUUGACGGGAGUCCCUGAAGAUGCAAGUGUCAACGACAGACCCCUGCUGCUGCUCAACCUGUCGAAAGCUCUAGAUGACUGCGGGGUUGCAGCGGGGUGUGAUGGACAGAACGAUGUGGAUGAACUCUUCCUCCCGUUGGAGGAGGUGGAAGGUGGCAUGGACCUGGACCCCGCCCCUGACAAACACAUCGAAAGGCAAAAGCAGGGUCCCAGUGACAGGAGACUGCUGAGAGAGAGACCUGCCGUCCAGCCUGCACCGGACCAACAGAAGGAAGUCCCAGAUCCCUGGAGGUAUUCCAACCUGUUCUCCCUCUCUGAGGACAAACCCCUGAAAACAGGAAAGCACUUCACCAUCCCACCAAGCGUACAGGAAGUGAGUGGAAACAAGAGGAAGAGAAGGGGCACAUGCAAACUGCAGGGUUUCAUGACAUGGUUCACUGGGACCUUGUUGGAAAAGUCCUACCACAAGCCCAAGAAGGGACCCACGUUUGCAGAUGUGGAGGCCCUCUACUGGACCAACAUGAAAGAGCGGCUUAAGAGCCACAAGAAGAUCCAGAGGAGAGGGGAGGCAUGGUGCAGUGGCACCCUGGAGCAGAGGAACUUGGAGCUGGAACACGCAGAGGUGGAGAGAGAGGCUGACGAGCAGGAUGGCCGGCCUGAAGAUUUCCUGGAGCUCGGUGCAGGAGGUGAUGACUUCUCCGACCACGAGGGCUUACCUGACAACGGCCCUGCAGAGAUCCUGGAAGAGCAGGACCUGGUCAUAACAGACUCUCAGUUCGAGGGAAUGACAUACGAGGACCUGGUCAAGAAGAACGUGGAGCUAUUCCUGUUGAACUCACAGAAGUAUGCCCAGGAGACGGUGCUGUCGCGGCGCAUAAAGGACUGGGAGGAGGUGAUGGGCCCGCAGCUCAUCGCACAGGAGGAGAGGCCGACCUUUGACAUCCACGACUAUGGGAAUAAGAUCAUGGAUGCCUUCGGGGACGUGGGGGAGAGGUGCACAUUCGCCUCUGUUGUCCAGGGGAAAGAGAACCAUGAGGUGUGCCGGUACAUGCUGGCCUCCCUGCAGCUGGCCAAUGACUACACGGUGGAGAUCCACAGGCAGGAUGGGCUGGAGGAGGCCAUCGAUACCAUGGAGCUCACCCUGCUGAGCAAACAGAAAGUGCAUGAGCGCUUCAAGACUUACAGCGCCCCUUCCCACGCUGAUGCUCACUGAUCCCUUUCCUUAUCUCUGUCCCCAUUACACUGAUAGAGUGUGUCUGUGUGUGCACUAUCACAAAUACUGAGUGAUCUCUCUCACUCUG